GUGGUGUUAAUAAAUUUUACAAAUUUUAAUUCCAACUAAUUAAUGAACUAAUUUAAAUUGUAUUAAUUGGAUAACUAAAUACUGGAGUGUUGUGCUAAAACAAAAUUGUAUAUUGAAGAUUUAGAUUGUUUGGAUUUUGGAUACACAUAAUAAAUAAUCAAAAUGUCUGCAGUAAGUUAUUGGGAAAAUGAUACAAAUAUGACACUGCCUCUUAUUCACGAAUCCGAACUGCAAAAUGAUUAUCAAGAAUUAUCAAGGUUUUCCAGACCAUUGUUGACAUUUGCAGCAACUGCCACUAUCACAAUUAUGAUAGUUGGGAUUUUGGGCAAUUCUUUAACUGUGGUCGCACUUUUGAGGUGUCCUAAGGUCAGGAAUGUAGCUGCUGCUUUCAUAAUUAGUUUAUGUUUCGCCGACCUGGUCUUCUGUUCCAUCGUCCUGCCCUUCAGCGCGGCCAGGUUCGUCCAGGGAACCUGGUCAGGCGGAACGACUGAUUCGUCAGGUAGAAGCCUGAUCAGCUCUGAAAAUGAAGGCGUCAUGGGUAACGUCACGUUGUGCAAACUGGUGCCUUUUAUGCGUUACGGAAGUGUCGGAGUGUCUUUGCUGUCCAUUGCCAUGAUCACUGUCAAUAGAUAUAUAAUGAUAACUCAUUCUGGAAUAUAUGCUCGAGUUUACAGAAAAAGAUAUAUUGCAGCAAUGCUCAUAGGAGCUUGGAUCUUCAGUUAUGGAUUUCAGGUUCCCACCCUGUUGGGUGUAUGGGGCGCUUUCGCCUACGACCCUCGCCUUGGCACUUGCAGUGUUACCAAAGAUUCUAGGGGAGCAUCGAGUAAAACGGCCUUGUUCGUCGUUGGAUUCGUCACUCCUUGCAUUGUUAUCAUCGCUUGCUAUGCCCGAAUUUUCUGGGUGGUACACAGUUCGGAAGUGAGAAUGCGCCAACAUGCUGCCAAAGCUAAUAAUAAGCCCCAAAACAACGGCAGUUCGGCUACUCCUGCAAAAAGUGGACCACAAAUUGCAAGGACCCCAGAAAGCAGUGGAGCCCGUAUGAAACGCAACGAGUGGCGAAUCACGAAAAUGGUUUUGGCGAUAUUUUUGUCUUUUUGUGGUUGCUAUCUGCCUAUAACUAUUGCCAAAGUUGCAGAUCCAGAAGUCAAAUAUCCAGGGCUCCACAUAAUGGGCUACAUUCUACUAUACCUAUCAGCCUGUAUUAAUCCAAUUAUUUAUGUGAUAAUGAACAAACAAUAUCGCCAGGCCUACAAAACAGUAUUACUUUGCGAAAGGCCGCGAAUAUUAAACUUCACAGCAGGAGGAAACAGCAGUGCUCAAGAGAAAUCGAAGGAGCGACUCGCCUGCAGCUACAACCACAGUCGAACGUUCCUCUCAAUAGUCUCCAUUGCGGAUCCGCCAACAGGAGUAUCUACGGUACAACCAGAUCAAACGUGUACUAACCAGACAACAAAAGACAAAAACGUGACUUGAUAUUAUUAUUUAAGAGAUCCUAUAUUUUUAUACACAAUUUUAGAAUUAGGAAAAGUUAUUAGUUAGAUAAAUAAUUUAAUUUAUUUAUUGUCUUGUACCAAAUAUUAAUUUAUACUAAGUCAUUAGUUGGAUAAGAUUUCAUGAAUGAAUUGUUGAUGUGUAUGAGUUGUUAGUGGGGAAUGCAAUACCGAUAAAAAAAGAGAAAAAAAUAUAAUCAAAAUUGGAAGCUACUUAUAAAUGAAAAAUUAAAAUUAAAAAUCUAGAGAUGAAAAAUACAACUUGUACAAAUAUACACACAACUA